CUUCGAUACACACAAACAAUAUGGCCGAACAGUUAUGGAAUGAAAGGAGCUCAUUUUGGAAAAAGCUGUAUCAAGGACCUGGAAACAAUAAACAAAGGAGAAAUAGUAUUCCUACAUCACAUUCAGUGCCAACAGCUUUAAAUGUCACUGAUAAAAUAGGAAGAAGGAUGGAGAAAGAAGCUAAGUCAACACCAAGGCCACCAGUACAGUUCCAAAGCAAGUAUCCAUCUUUACCUGACAUAUCACCUAGACAUAUGGAUGGCCAACUGGUUCCUGUUUUUAAAAGAAAAGCUAGUCCAAUAAUAAGAAAUAACUCAGACAUGGAACCAGAGGAAAGAAUUAGACAGUUAGAAAUGCGAGUUGCAGUGUCAGAAAAAUCAAACCGUGCUUUGUUAGAAGAGGUGCUAAGACUUCAAGGUGACUUAAAAGGUUCUACCCGACAUAAUGAUGAUAUGCUACGUGAGGAACAAAGUGCCAGAAGAAAUAUUGAAAAUGCUAUCACAGUCAGUAAUGAACUUAUUCAGCAUCUAGGUUCAAGAAUUAAAGAAGCUGAACACAAACUUGAUGAUGAACGGUUGGCAUUAAGUUCACUUGUUAAUCAUACGAAAGGUGUUGAACAGGCAGUAAAAAGUAGUCAGCAAGAACUGGUCACCAAAAAAGAUGUUCAGUCUUCAAGAUUACAAGAUGUGCGGACAGAUUUAGAUGAAGUUUUGCAAUCAAAACAACAGUUAGAACGGGUAACAUUACAAAUGGCAGACGACAUCAGAAAUUUAAAAAUGAGAGUGGAGCAACAUACUGCAACUUUUGCUACAGUGUCCACAGAUCUCAAAAAUAAGUCAAAGAAACUAGAAGAUGACAAUAGAUUGCAGCUUGACAAUCUACGUAAGCAGUCGACCGUACAAAGUCAAACAGAACAUCAGACAACGCAGUUACGAGGACAGGUAGAAACUAGAUUGUCAGAGCUAAGAGAGGUGCUGGUUGAUCUUAGAGCAAAACAUGACAUAGAAAUUACUGAGAGAAGAAAUUUAGAAACAACACUUUCUCAAAGAGUACAUGAGCUGCAGCAGCAAUUAAAUGAUGCCAGUAGAAAGAGAGAAGAAAGCAUGCACACAGUAGACAUGUUAUUACGGGAAAAGGAGCAUGUAUCUGCUGCUGAAAGAAUGACCUUGACCUCUAAAGUAGCAGACACUGUGGAAGAUGUUAAUAAAAAACUUUUAUCUAAAGAAAUCAAAAUGAGAGAAGAAAUGCAAGAUAGAUAUUUAAAUUUAGAAAGAUUAAUUCAACAAGAACAGAUACAAAGAAGAGAGUAUGAAAGAGCAACAAGAGAAGAGACUGACAGAAAAUGGCAAGCUAUAAAACAUGCACAUGAUGAACUCAACAUUGAUUUAAAAGAAUCUUUAAAGGCUGAAAAAUUGAAAUCAAAAGAAACAAUAACCAAAUUAGACGAAUCAAUAUCAAUUAUAGAGAAACAAACAUUAGAAAAUAAAAGACAGUUUGAAAAAUUAAUGAGUGCUGAAAUUACACAGAGAAAAACAAAUACAAAAAAUAUUAGUGAAAGUUUGUCACAAAUGAAUGAAAAAUUACAGAUUGCUACCUCAACUCUACAGCAAGCUAUAGGUGGUGUAACCCAGUCGUUUCAUACUAUGAAUGAAAAGAUGCGUCGAGAAAUGAGACAAACAAUAGCAGAAUCAAAAGACAGUACGACUCGAGGAAUGACAGACUUAGAUGCUAGAAUUUCUCAUCUGAAAAAUAGAAUGAAUGAUAAUGAAGAAAAACUUGAAGCUAGAGUGGCAACAAAAUUACUAAAUGAGAAAAAGCAAGAAAAUGAGGCUUCACAAGUAUUGGGAGAAAAUUUACGUGAAAAAGUGGAUGCUAUCACUGUCUGGCAGGACACCACUCAAUCGUCUCUAAGAGAAAUUCAAAAUAGUGUGCACAAAUUACCAGAUGAGAUCUAUGCAGUGCAGGAAAAACAGACACUUCUUAAGUCAGAAAUGAACUCUAGAAUGACAGCAGAGUCUGAUGCUAGAAAUCGAGAGGUUGAUAGUUUAAAACAAGAAAUUCAACAAUUAAAGGCCAGAAGAGAUCCUCAUCCAGCUACAAUACAUGACUUAGAAAAUGUACAAGCCAGUGUUAGGAAAUUAGCAGAUUCUAUACAAACAGUUAAGACUGUAUUAGGGAUGAAAAUACAGUCCGAACAGAAGUUGAGAGCUGAAGAAAUUCAGAAACUACAAGAAGAAAUAGCUAUAUUGAGAACUGCUAUAGAACCGCUAGUGAAAAAACCCCUACCUCGAAAUUUUGUCAAAGAUCCCAAUAGACGGAGCGAUGACACGCCUGAUGUCAAUAGACACAGUGUUGCUAAUGCUUAUAGAUGGUUACGAUGGAAGUCAAAACUUAUGUAUAUUCUAUGGCAAAUUCGUUCUCGAAAGCAACUGGAAACAGAAAAUACUGGUACCUUAAGGCCAGCAAAACCACCACCUACAGGAACUGUUUGAUAUAUAAAUUGUAUAAGAUACCACCAUUUAAGUUCUUUUCAGUUUUUUUUGUAUUUUUGGCACAAUACCAAUUUGUCCUGCAAAUCUGCCUGGAAGAUCAAAUACUUUCAUUUUAAUGAUAUUUAAAUUUGAAACAUUUGUAAUAACAAUAUAUUUUUCUGUUAGAAAAUGCUUGAAUAAUCAUGUUAUCCUCUAAUACCACAUUUUCAUGUUUAGAAAUAUCAGUCAAACAUCAGUUUAAGACAAACUUGUUGCCAUAUUUCUGUCAAUGUAAUGAUUAUGGAUCUGAAAAUUAUUUCAAGAGUAAAAAGAUAAACCCAUUUCCCACCACCAAUUUGAAAUCAAACUUUAUUUUUAUACCCCACAGAUUUCACUUUAUUGGGAAAGUAGGGGAGUAAAUAUUUUCAGAACAAUUCCUUGUUUGUAUCUGUACUGUAUUGUAAACCAUUCAUUAUAGUUAUGAAGAUUGUUAUACAUAAAUACAAUAUGAAUGUGUGUAUGUGAAGAAAAUGGACAACCAUGAUUUUAUUGCAUGGAUCAUCAUUUUAGAAUUGGUGAUGGAUGAUUAUUAUUUUGAGAAUAAAAGGGAAGUGUUAUUAAGUUUUUAUCAACCUAUAUACAUUUUUUGUUCUUGAAAUGAAUUAAUGAAUGUUCAUCUUUUUUUUAUACCUCUGAGAUCAUCACUUUGCAUCUGAUUUCUGUGUCAUUAGGUACCUUAAUCUUCUUAAAAUUCUAAUGAAAAUCAUAGGCAAAUUUUAACAAAUUGCCAGAACAUUCCUAGAUUGUUUUAGUUGUAAACUUUAUCCAAUGAUGCCUAUAUCAAACCAAUAUGGCAACUAUGACUUUACAAAGACAAUUGGAGUACAAAUAGCAAAUGUGGUUUGAUUUGGCCAUCCCAGUAAAAAGUUCACUGAUUAUUAGUAUACAGUAAUGUGAUAUUAAGUUUGUUCAAGUUAAAUUAAUUUUUACAUAGAUAAAAAAAAGCUUUUGGAAUCCAAAAAAAAUACAUGAAAAUGAUAGACUUCUCUGUCACUUCCAGUCCUCCUCACAGGUAUUUUGCAAGUCAUAAUAUAACAUUUGAUACUUUAUAAUAGCCUAUUUUUAGUUUAAAGUUCACUAUUGAUCCAAUAGUGAGGAGCAGAAAAUUAAAAUAUUUGAUUUUUUUCUUUUUCUUUUGAAUAGUUAAUUGUUUAAAGGAUUUAGAAAAGGAUUUCAUGAACAGAUUUUGACUACUAAACAGUGCUACAUUUGACCUCAUUGGCGGAUCCUGGAGGGGUGUUCAAUUUUUUUUCAAUUAUUUGAAUGUUUCAUAGUGUUCUAUGGGUUUGAACCCCUGACUCCUUUUUCAAAAUUGGCUGGAUCUGCGCCUGUACCUUGAUAAAGUAAUCAUUCAUUUCACCUUUCAUUUUUCAUAAUUUUUGUAACCAUUAUCUUGUGCCUUGUAUAGUUUUAGUAAUAACAUUCAGGAACAUGCAUGUAACAGUCCUUUUCACAUUAUCUGAAUUGAUCCAUUCUAGUAAUUUGUUUCCAUCUGAAAUGUUUUACUUAUUAAAAAGGAUGGCUGUCAUUGUGGAACGUAUCCACAUAGAAACAUAUUAGAAAGACAUAGAAAAAGCUCAGAAAACACAGUCAAACACACUAACACUUAUCAACCAAUUACUAUCCACACUGAUCUGUGUCCUUUUUAUUUUUCCAAUUUGGUUCAGACAUUUAUUUUAUUCUUUUUUAUGUUGAUACAAGUAAGCUAAACUGUGAUAAAUAUAUAUUUGAACAUUUUAUGCAUUCCAAUAAUUGAAAUGCCUUGAAAUAAAUAGUUGUUUUGAAAAUUGUGAUACUAACCUUCAACCGUCCUUAAAAUGUCCAAUUUUAAUGUAUCUUUUUUUUUAUUGUUAUAUUAUUUAUUAAUGCAUUUAUAGAAAAGAAACCUUGUCACUUUGUUAAUCUUCACUGUAGUACUUUUAUAAUGAGGUUUAUAUAUUGUAGUACUAUUAAAUAAAGAAGAAACUUGA